AAAAAAGGGAGGACGACGCUGAGUCUUGACGGCUUCCAGAAGAGCCCAAGCAGACCUGAGAGCCCUUCCCAGCUGGCUGCAGCUGAUGCAGCAGGGGAGUCUUCUGGAGAUGACGAUGUUGAAGCUUUUUGGAAUCAUCUUUUUCUGUGGCCUCCUCUCACCCUCUCAAGAAGUCUUGUCCGGUCUGUCCUGUGCCGUCAGUCCAGGGGCAAUGCAGAACGUUCUCUCGGAUGCCAUACUUCAGAACGGGCUUCUCCAGCAGCACCUGCAGGGCCUUGUGCUCCCAAACAUCAUGGGUGAAGGGGGUCUGCUGAACUCUCCUACCAGCAUCACUGGCCUGCACCUUGUCAAGGUUCGGCUCCCCAGGCUGUCAGUGGUGCUACUGCCAGGAAUCGGGGUCCAGCUGACCAUCGCCGCAAAGCUGGAGCUCAGUGGCAACUGCUUGGUUGGCCUUCUUUCAGAACUAAUUGAUAUCUUAGUGGAUGUGAACAUUACUGCAAACAUUAAAUGCACGAAUUUUGAAUCAGGCACAGUCCAGGUUGUCAUUGAAGACUGCCUCUGCAUUCUUGGUGCCAUAAAGGUCAAGCUCCUUUCUGGCUUACUGUCCCUCUCAGUAAACGAGAUAGUGCUUAACCAGCUGACAGCAACUUUGCCCGGUUUGCUGUGUCCAGUAGUCGAUAUUGUCGUCAACCUUGUGAACAUCCAGCUCCUGGGCACUCUCAACGCGGUGAUCCCAGUCGGUACGGCAGGAACGAUUCACUACCAGCUGGCCAGCCUCCCGUUUACGUCUGGCUUGUUCCUUGGGUUGGACUUAGAUGGUGCGGUGAAGCAGGUGGGAGGCAGCAUCAUCCCCCAUGACUCAUCCCCCUCUGCUUUGCCUCCGCUGCUGGACAAGCUUCUGGUCUUGGGACUGCGCCAGAGCUUUCUCAAUGCAGUCCUGUCCCUCCUGAUCCAGAUACCGCCGCAGACCUUCACCUGCACGCCAGAAGUCUUCUCCGGUGCCAGCCGUCUGCAAGAAGCCAUCACAACCCUCGUUCCUGCUGGGUGCCCUUCCUGCCAUGGGACCAGUCCGCUGAGCAUUAAGCUGACGUUGUUUGGGAACCCGCUCAUCCUCUUGGAAGAAAACAAAGCCACUGUCGAGCUUUCGGUCAUGAUUCAGGUGUUCAUCAAGCACUUAGAUGGACCCAUCCUCAACCUCCUGCUGCUGAAGGCUGACCUUGGUCUAAACACCCACGUGUCGAUGGCUGGAGGCAGACUGGUGCUGGGGUUGUCCCUGGGCAGCACUUCCCUCUCCUUGGAGUCCUCUGAUGUUGGCAUCAGUAACAUCUCAAACUUGAAGCCACACUGCAGCAGUCUGCUGGCGGAAACCUUAUUGCCUCUUAUCAAUGGUGCUCUGGGCAUCGGGAUCCCUCUGCCAAAUGUUCUGGGCAUUCCCUUAAUAAAGGUGGAUAUUCAGAUAUUAGCGGCAGAAAUGAUGCUCCUGUGUGGUGAUGGGACUCCCCGCUCAAGCAACGUGCUGCGGCUGCCCUGGCACCAGCUAAACCGCACGGGUGAGGAGUUUCUGCGAAGCGUGGAGUGAACAAGAGGGAACACCGUGGGCUGUUGGACCGUGCUCAUGAGCUGGGAGCUUCAGCCCCUGCUGCUCGUGCUCUCUGACGCCGGUACGCCCGCGGUGCUGGCAGAGCGGGGUUUCGGGGGGCUGUGUGACCCCGUUCCCCGGGGGGCAGGAUGAGCAGCCCCGCUGACCUGCGCUGGCAGCCGCACAGCCGGAGUGCUUGCAGCUUGCUUUGGGCCACCUCGGGGUUACUGGACUGAUUGGGCUUGGCUUCUCCAUCAAUCCUUUUUGCCCGCAGGUUGGCAUAACAGGCUUUGUUUGUACAAGGUUUUGUUCUGGUUCCUGAGCAAACACCUUCUGUACAGUAAGUAAAGUUUAGCACCUUUUUUGUGCACUCUUUUGGCCAGCACUUCUGUGUGCAUUCUGGUUUGCUGGAGGGGAUUAAUUUUGCUGGCAUGCUACAGAGUAAUCUGUGAUCAGUCACUGUCCCAGGGGUCUGUUUGACUUGAGAAAGAAAAGACAGUGGGAAGUGUGUAACUGGGGAGCUCAUGGUCUCGCAGAGCUAGGGCAGGGGCUGUGUGAGCCUGGGAUGGCGGAGAAGUGGAAAAGUCUUCUUGUGCAUAUGGAAACGGCUUUUCCUCCCGGGGCCUGGCCUCCGUCAUGCCGUUUAUUGCACAGGGCUGGGCAGGAAGGAGCAGAGGAACCUUUUCAAAAGGAAAAGGCAGCAUCUCCUUGGUGUAACUUGUUACUUCUGCAACUUGUAAAUCUAGUGCUCUGAAUUGCUCGUGGGCUCAGGAGUAAAUCCAGAGCAGCAAACUGCAAAUCAGAAUUCAUAAGAACUGGGACAAUCCUGUCCACAGUGGAAAACCCACUAAAUAGUCAUUUUCCAGCAUGCCAGCACCCUGACAUGCUAGAAAGUCUUUUUAUGGGUGAGCAGCAGGAGUGGGGUGCGAUGGGCUGGCUGCUCUACCCGGGCUAUGCGUGGGACUUCGGGCUCUCCAGCCCUUGUUCCAGCAAUGUCCUGGUAAAGCUUCAUCCCUCUGCUGCUCCACAGGGGCUGGCGAAGGGGCUCAUCUCUGUUUCUCCAGCGUUUGAACUGUCCGGCUGUCACGUCCCGCUCCAUGUGCCUCCAGCAAGGGAAGCCGUGUCUCACCAGGCGGCUCUUCCUGUGGGACCCUGGGAUACUGCCAAGGAAAGUGAUGGAUUUUGUUUAUGCCAAGGACACUAAUACAAACACUUUUUUCAGCAUUUCUUUUUCCAGGUGAAUCCAAAAUGACUGCUGGGGACAACACUGGCUGUCUCUUGUGGAUGCAGCUGUGCUGGGGGGGCUCAGUAAAUCGGGUGACAGGAGGGAGCAGCAGAAGACCCCAGUUCUCCAGCGUAAGCCAGCUCUGCCUUCAAGCCUGCAGCUGGUCCUAGGUAGGAUGUGUGCGGCUGGGAGUCAGGGUGUGCAGCUCCUGUCACCCCAACCCUAUGCUAGAGAUGCAGAGCCAUGCUCUAAAAUCUAAAGCCAGAAUAUCCACUGGUGGAUGAAUACAUCUUUUUACUACUGUAGCUUAUUCCUUUUGGAAAACUGGUUUAAGAUAUAUUAGUCAAAGAAUAAUGGUUGCAGCGCUACCAGGAAACUUUUAUUAGGAGCAGUUCCCGCUAUUGCCAACUUUGGGCAUUAAAACCAUUAGUCAGGUCCCUGAGCUGGGCAUAUAAACCUUCAGGGUUUUUUACUCCUUAUAGUAAAUCAACUUGGCUUGUUU